CACAGAACGGCUGGCAUUCUGUUCAAGGGAAGCUUCACGAGACGUACCUUAACAAUCCACGGAGUAGCCUGUGUAUGAAAAUCUGCUUUGAAAAGGCUUUGAGCUGCUCUGUAAAGGCUGGCCAACCCGCGGCCAAGAUGGAGGCCAGACAGGACUCCGGGAACAGCGCCUCCGAAUCGGUGCGUCUGACGGAAGACGAGCCGUUCUUCUGGGUCGAGAGAGAGAAUCAAGAAUCGGAAAAGAGAGGAAAAGGGGAAGAUACGAAAGAGAUGAAAGGAGAGAACGAAGAAGAUCAAGAAGAGGUGGAAUAUGACUUGUCAGUGACUCAGACAAGAGGCAGUCGGAUAACGGCGGAGAAAUUCAUGGAUUUGCAUGAAUUCGUGGAAAGUCAAAAGUCGUUCGUUUCGAACAAGUCCAUAAGUUCUGAUUCCCUCACUGUCAAUACUUCAAGAUCUUCACUGAACGAAACCGACUCAAGUGAUGACUCAGCGACAUCCUUCUCAUCAUCAGCCGAGAUGUCGUCGACUGAUGACUUAAAGGAGAACUACGAAGCCCACAUGUCCGCAGAUUCAGCCGAGGAGUAUCAAGAUACGGUGAGGACCCUUCAACACUACCGCCCUCGUAUAUCUCGUCGUCGUCGUCGCCGACUGGGUUUCUCUUCGCCCUCCUCCUCCUCCUCCUCUUCCUCCUCCUCCCCCUCCUCCCCCUCCAGCGCCAGCAGCGACUCGGACUGCUCCUGCGUGUCCUGCUCUUCCCAGAUGGCCGGAGUGACCAAGAAGUACUUCGGCGCGGAGGUCGGGCCCCCUGGCGGCGAGGGGACGAAGCAGCGGCGGGCGGCCAUCUGGCUGGAAAGCAUCAAGUACCUGUGGGGUAUUUUAUUCUAUGGUCUACUAGCGCUAUCUAUCCUGUUCCUUAUAACUGCGAUUUGGAUGACCCAGCGUGUGAAGGAAAGGGACGUUGGCUACAAAAUGCUCUACUGGAGCAUCUCUUUCGUGGUGGUGAUGACACUGGUGGUUCUGGCAUGGCAAGGGACAUGGCAUACUCUGCUGCGCCUCGGCUAUGGCGAUGGUGAUCACAUUCAAGACAGGAGGAACUUUAUAGAAUUUGCGCAAAAGAGAGAACUCGUUUACACAAUCCGUGGCGCUAUAUACGCUCCGACGAAUCCCGACCCGACGGCACACGCUUCGAAGUCGUGUUCCUCCUCGACGAAGAAGUCCCCUUCCUACUCGGUGGUGGCCUACGAGAGCGAAUUCGACUCCGACCUCUACUUCGACUCCGAUCUCGACUCCGACGGGCAGUACCGGCGCAGCAUCACGCCCUGGCAGGAGAUCGACGACCCGGAGAAGAGAGAGAGAAGGAACAUCUACACGAGGAAGGCCUGGCGGAGGGACGUUCCCGUGAUCUGGUGGGAGGUUUGGAAUCAGCCCCCUAGGGAUUUCUGA